AUGGAAGAGAAGGAAGUUGGAAAUCAUUUUAUCUCCACUUACUACAACACUCUUGCAUUCCAACCAGAAGAAAUUGUCAAGUUCUAUGAUAGUGAAGCAACAAUUUGGCGUUCAACGAUGGAAUCUCCCAUCGGAAAGAAAUUAGCUGAUGCCAACGACGAUUUACUGAUCAAGAUUCCAACAGGCUGCGAAGUUGUUGUCACAGGUUACAGUGUUCUUCCUUUGAACGGUCAAAUUUUAGUAAAUACAAAUGGUUUCAUCUUAAAUGACAAUGAUACAGAGUUAUUCAGCCAGUCAUUUGUUCUUGUUGAAAAAUCAAAGCGUUACUUCAUUAUUGCUGAUUCAUUUUCAAAGAACAACGCCCAGCAAGCAGUAAAUACAACAGCUCAGACAUUUGUUGCCCAGAAAGUAGAAAAACCAAAGAGACAGAAUAAGCCUAACCAGUAUAACAAAUAA